AUGAUUGGCACGGGAGCACUAUCUCAGCCUACCGCUGCGCGGUUAGUGCUGCGCGGAUGCUCUCCCUUAACCUCUCGAGGCCAGCUCGCUGGACGCCGGAUAAUUACCCCAACCGCUCUUCGACACUUUAGCUCCCCGAAAUCCGUUCAUUUAAAUACUAGCUCACCUCUUCGACCAGCCGCUGGGCUAUCUCGCCUGUCAGGGCAAGCCAGUGACCCCCUGUGGGUGAUCCUUGCUACCAGAAGGGCGUUCCACUCCCCAAGCGCUCUACAGCAGCAACAGCAGCAGAAACAACAAAACCCAACAGACUCUUCCCGCGAGGGUUCGGCAAAGGAUCAAAAUUCGAGUGAGGGCUCAAAACAGCAGGGUGAACAGGAAUCUGCUGGCUCUAGCAAGGAAGAUGGUGCCAAGGAUGGCGCGAAGAAGGAGGAUGGAAAGAAAGAGGAAGCCCCUCCACCUCCGCCUCACGGUGAUAAAACGCCAUGGCAAGUCUUCACCGAGACUCUGAGAUCCGAAUUUAAGGCCUCGAAAGAAUGGAACGAGUCAACCAAAGCGCUUGCCUCCUCUGCCCAUCAGUUCACAGAGAGCGAGUCCGUAAGAAAGGCCAGAUCUGCCUACGAAGCCGCAACGAGCACUGCCUCUUCAACGACAUCCUCGGCAUUGAAGAAGACCGGAACCGUUAUUGGAAAAGGUGCGGCCUGGACCUGGGAUACUACCGCUGUUAAGGGAAUAAGGAGCGGUGUUGCCGCAACUGGAAAGGGAAUUGAACAGGUUACCAGGCCAGUCCGCGAUACGAAAGUCUACAAAACCGCCGUCGGAGGCGUGAAAGAUGUCAUAGAUGAUGGAAGCAGCUCUCGAUAUGGAGGAUGGAUCGAAAAAGAAGAGAGGAGGAAGCGAAGGGAGGAGCGUGAGCUGAAAGAAGGCAAGACAGGAAAGAUUGAACGCAUGGAGGAAGAUCCAAAUGCCGGUACCAAUGUCACCCUUCAUAAAGACGCGGCCUGGAAGGAAUCUUGGCGCGAAUUUAAGGACACCAGUCCAAUGAUGCAACGACUAUUCACCCUGAAAAAUACAUACGAGGAAUCCGAGAACCCGCUUAUAAGUACUGCACGAAGCAUAUCGGACCGAGUAGCCGGAUUCUUUGCCGAGAAUGAGACGGCAAUGGUUAUCAAAACUUUCCGGCAAAUGGACCCAACUUUCCAAAUCGAGCCAUUCUUGCGUGAGAUGCGAGAAUAUAUCUUGCCAGAAGUCCUAGACGCAUAUGUAAAGGGAGAUGUUGAAACCCUUAAAUUAUGGCUGUCUGAUGCCCAGUUCCAUGUUUAUGCCGCCCUCACGAAACAAUACCAGACAGCAGGCCUCAAGUCCGACGGCCGCAUCCUCGAUAUUCGACAUGUUGAUAUUUCCCAUGCACGCAUGCUGGAACCCGGUGACAUUCCCGUGUUUAUUAUCACCUGUAGGACACAGGAAGUCCACGUUUACCGGAAGGCCAAAACUGGCGAACUUGCAGCCGGCAUGGAAGACAAGGUCCAACUUGUGACCUAUGCGAUUGGUGUCACUCGAAUUCCAGAAGACGUGAACAACCCCGAAACCCGUGGCUGGAGAUUGAUCGAACUGCAGAAAUCUGGCAGAGAUUAUAUCUAA